AUUUAAGUCCAAAUGCCCUUGAAAUAUCAACACACACCUGAAAUUUCAACAUUUCUGUGUAUAUACUGCUGCCAAGCAUUUACUAAAAUGUAUUUGGAGGUGCAUAUCGGAUAUACAAUAGAGGGCCACAUUAGUUCUGCUGUACAGUAGAGUGGAUCCAUUAAUUGAACACAAGUAUGCGAACAACUUAGUCACUUUUUAAAGGAAGUAACACAGAGCACAUUGAUUACAAAUCAUUUUGUUUCUAUAGGACUCUCUUAUAGAUACAUAUCUGCUUUCUAACACUAAGGAUCCGUUUCAUGUCUGUCUAUAUUAAAUUCAUUAUGUUUUUGACGUGCCACAAUUAUUAAUGCAGUAAUAGCUUUGUUGACUGUCAACAGGUACAAGCCAUCUCAUCAGUAAUUUCCACUGCCAUUCUCUCAGGCAGAGCUACACAAAUGAAAGUGAAGAGUGAAUUACUUCAAAAUGAUAUAUUACUGCUUCCUUACCACACACCAGGUCAUUGGGUUCUUGCGAUUGCCUUGAUGAAAAAAAAGCAAUUGUUAAUAAUUGACCCCUUGUGUGAUGAGAUCAGAUAUGAAAGAACAUGCCUGAGGAAUUGGAGAAACUUCAUCAAACGAUUAACUUGUAAAUCCUCAUCUGAUUGGAACAGUAAAAUUGUGGAGCAUCCCAGACAAAGUGAUGGUCACAACUGUGGACCACUCAUCUUAAAGUUUGCAGAAACAUAUUUGCAGCACAAAGACAUCAGUAUGGUGGAAACAAUACAGAAGGCUAAUACUGCGUUUAGAAGACAUAUAGCAAUUCUUCUAAUGAAGGAGUCAGGUAAUUACUUUCUACCAUGUAUUGUGGACUCAUUAGGCACAUGUGAGGAUAACAUGAAGAGUGGAAUUCUGUCACAUAACAGACAGUUAUCUUAAUAACCCUAAAGUGGGAUAUCUCACAGGUUUGCUUCUGAAAUGGUGACUAUGAAUCAAUAAUAUCUUUAAGUACACAAAAAUUUGAAUGGGGUGAAUGAUUACUAUUGAUCGACCAGUUAAAUGAAAUUUGAAUUUUUAGAUACAGGUGUAGUAAAGUUAAAAUUUGAAAAAAAAAUUCUGAAAAAAG